CUCGGCGACGCGCUGUUACGUCACGGGCUGCGCUCGGCCGAAGAUGGCGGCCUCCAUGUGCUGCCAAGGACUCGAGCCGUGGGUGCUUUCCUGGGGCCGCGCGCUGCCGUGUGCGUGGCGCGCCCUGCACGUCUCCUCCGCGUGCGCCAAGAAUCGAGCGGCCCGGGUCCGAGUGGGCAAAGGGGACAAGCCGGUGACCUACGAGGAGGCGCACGCUCCUCAUUACAUCGCCCACCGCAAAGGCUGGCUGUCGCUGCACACAGGUAACCUGGACGGGCAGGACCACGCUGCAGAGCGCACGGUGGAGGAUGUUUUUCUUCGCAAGUUUAUGCUGGGCACCUUCCCCGGCUGCCUGGCCGACCAGCUCGUCCUGAAGCGCCGGGCUAACCAGGUGGAGAUCUGCGCUCUGGUCCUGAGGCAGCUGCCUGCGCACAAGUUCUACUUCCUCGUGGGCUACAGCGAGACCCUGCUGUCCCACUUCUACAAGUGUCCCGUGCGUGUGCACCUCCAGACGGUGCCCUCAAAGGUUGUGUAUAAGCACAUCUAGGACGCUCGUCUUUUCUGCAUCAGCCUCCGGCAGCACAGAAGCGUGUGGGGGAGGGGUGGAGUGGGGAUGGGGAAGCACGGCCCUGAGUCCACAGACUUCGCUUUCAGAGCUGCUGUUGAGUCGCGGACUGCCCCUGGGGUCUGGCCCCUCGUCUGCCUUUACCCUUUAGGAAGAAGAACUCAGACAGGGUUGCCCUGAGGGUGCUCAGGGUCCCAGGAAGGGGCCGCGUACGAUGCGCUGUGGUAGCAGCUUUCAGGCUGUGGAAAGUGUUGUUAACUACAGUCACACGGUUUUCACCCGGGUCUCAGGUACUCGUGCGUCUUGCGUAACUGAGACUCGAACCCCGGACCAGCAUCUCCCAUUCCCCCUCCUCCUGCCCCUGGUGACCAGCACUCUGCUCUGCUUCUUUGUCAGCUGCUGUUGGUGCCCCGUGAAAGUGGGAUGGUGCAGCGUCUGUCGUUCUGGGUUGGGCUUAUUUCCUUUAGUGCAAUGUCCUCUGGUUUACCCACACCCCAAGUGGAGGGACGUCUUUAUGGUGGCUGAGUGACAUUCUGUUGUGUGCGUGUGCCACGUGUGAGUCCACCCUCUGAUGGGCAGGUGGGCCGCUCCCGUGUCCUGGCCACUGUGAGUGAUGCUGACACGAACUUGUGGGUGUGCACGCGUGUCUGCGGUGCUGGUUCCACUUCUGGGAAACCCCCAGAGGAGGACGUGCUGGGUCACGCGUGGACCUAGUUGUGGUUUCUGAGGACCCUCCAGCCCGUUUGCCACAGGCCACUCGCUCUAAGUUGCGUUCCUACCAACAGUGUGUGAGAGGCUCCCUUUUCUCUGCAGUGAGCACUUUGUUUUCAAUGUGGGGAGAUCAAGGACGCCUCCAGGAACCUCCUUGUAGGCUCCUCCUGGGGGUGAGCACCGGACCUCCCAGCACACCUGCGUCAGAAGGGCCUGUGGACGGGAGGGAGCUUCGCUGCAGCGGGAAGCCGAGGCUGUGGGGCUCAGACGCGGCCCGAGGGAAGGGGCAGGGAGGCGCGUCCACCGCAGCUCCUCACGACCCAGGUGCAGGCAGCCUGGCUGUGGGCAGGAGGAGUCUGGCUCGAGGGGUGUAUUCCAGGCUGGCGGUUUUGGUCUUUGGCGGGUCAGGGGCCUCCCCGCAGCCUUCUGAGAGGCCAGCCUGUGUCCUUGCCGCCCGGCACCUGGCUCCUCGGUGCUGGUGGACGCCCGCUCUGCUGCAGGUGCACAGCUGCCCUGGAGACGCCUGCCUCACGUGCUUUCCAAGUGGGAAGCCCCUGGAUUGGGCGUCCCGGUUACAUCAGUUCGUGACUCUUUCAUUUUCACCCACCUGGUCAUCGUUUCAGCCAGACACCCCUUGUGUAUGGAGGACCGAGUUCUCUCAGGAUGAAGCCCAGUGGUUGCAGCUUUUCUCUCUGCCCAUCCUGCCCCUCCACCUGAUCAAGAUCUAGAAAUGAAUUGGAAACUCAUUUGUAUCUUUUGUUGCACCUAGGGAGAUGGUUCAAUCCACGAUGGAGCAUGUAAAUAAAUGUAUACGUCUAGAAUAGUAUUUCCAGUUGUCACCUGCUGAAAGUUGAGACAUGGCCGAUACUGGCUUUUUAUUAAAUGGCUGCGUUGCACAGAAGUCAGUCUGUACGAUGGAGAAUGUGAUGGGUUUUGUAAGUUCUUUACAAAGACGUUCUUUUGCACUGCAUUUAAAAUAAGUUUGUUAAAUUUUA